AUGUUUUUCCUGGACAUCUUCCUCAAAGGCCUUCACAAGCAGUUCGACGAUGACGACAUCGAUCGCCUCAAUUAUUAUUGGACGCCGCUUCUGUUGAUAUUGUUCGCGCUCACGCUCUCCGCGAAACAGUACGUCGGCCAGCCGAUUCAGUGCUGGAUACCGGCGCAGUUCACCGGCGCCUGGGAGCAGUACAGCGAGAAUUAUUGCUUCGUGCAGAACACCUACUUCAUUCGUCCCGACAAAUACAUUCCCGACGCCACUGUUGAUCGCGAGGCGUCCGAAAUCGGCUACUACCAAUGGGUGCCGUUCAUUCUCGGCCUUCAAGCGCUUCUCUUCUAUUUGCCGUCGGUGUUCUGGCGACUCACCAACUUCAACUCGGGCGUCGCCAUCAAGAAAAUGUUGUACAAUGCUCACAACGCCGACAAGGUCAAUGAGAAGGCUCGCCAUGAGUGCGCCAAAGCCACCUCCGCGCAUAUGUACGAGGCGUUGAGCCUUCAGCGACGAUUCGCCAAAUACGGCAAGGGACCGGCAUUCUUCUACAGUGGCUCGUAUCUCGCCAAUGUCUACAUGCUCACCAAAGUGUUGUACUGCGUUCAGGUCGUCUUCCAGUUCGUCAUGCUCAACAACUUCUUGGGAACCACCUACACGUUCUGGGGCAUCGGCAUCCUUCGCGACAUUCUCCACGGACACGAAUGGGAGGAGAGCGGCCAUUUUCCGAGAGUCACCAUGUGCGAUUUCGAGGUUCGCGUGCUCGGCAACAAGCAUCGCCACAGUGUUCAAUGUGUGCUCAUGAUCAACAUGUUCAACGAGAAGGUCUACGUCUUCCUCUGGUUCUGGCUCGCGUUCGUCGCCGUCGUCACCAUCAUGAACACGUUCAAUUGGAUACGCAAACUCUAUUUGCCGAGCGCCAAAAAAUCGCACAUCGCCUCGUAUCUGCGCGUCGACGGCAUUCUCGAUGAUGACAGCAGCAAACGCGUCUUCGACAAAUUCGUCGACUACAAGCUCAAAACCGACGGCGUCUUCAUUUCGCAUCUCAUCGACAACAACAGCGGUUCGGUGUUCACACACGACGUCAUCGUCGACCUCUGGGAUCGUUUCCUCACCGAGGAGAACAACGCGCUUCCAUCGAAGGAGUUUCGCGAGAGCGCCUAA